ACAAUCAUUUCGGCUUUAUGCACAUGUGUUCCACUUACUGUUGAGCGAAUUGUGCUCCUUUUUCUCUCUCUCCACCCGCUGAGGCUGGACUGUAGACAGCAGCUAGCGUUACACUGGGCUGGCUUCACAAUGAUUGACUGAAGCUCUACCAUGCCUGUGGCCUCCACCAGGACAGAGCCUGUUCCCCAGGUGUUGGACGCAAUGAGCGACAGCACCACCAGCUCUACCAUGGCUAAUGACCUGGACCUUAUCUACCUCAAAGGCAUUAUGGAGAGCCCUCUGGAGCAAGGGGAGAGCCUGAAGGACCCGCGUCCAUCGCCAGUGAGGGAGAACAAUGUGGAGCUCCUUCAGGAGAUCCUCAGUGACCUGAACCCCUUCACAGAGCACUCUGACACUGCAGCUGAGCUGACCCGCAUACUCACACAGCCUCACUUCCAGUCUCUACUGGAGACUCAUGAUUCAGUGGCGUCCCAGGCAUGUGAUAGCCCACCCCCGAGCCCCUGUGAUUUUGUGGAUCAUGAGCAGGAGGAGGGCCCCACACACAACCAACCGCCGCCACCUGACGCAAUCCGCAUGGUGGGCAUACGCAAAGUGGCAGGGGAGCACCUGGGUGUGACGUUCAAGGUGGAGGGGGAUGAGCUGAUUAUAGCCCGCAUACUCCAUGGAGGGAUGAUAGACCAGCAAGGACUGCUGCACGUUGGAGAUAUCAUCAAAGAGGUAAAUGGACGAGAGGUGGGCCGGGAUGCCAGGGUGCUGCAGGAGGAGCUGCAAGCAGCCAGUGGAAGUGUGGUUCUGAAGAUAUUGCCCAGCUACCAUGAAGCCAUACCGACAAGUCAGGUGUUCUUUAAGUGUCACUACAGCUACGACCCGGCCAACGACAACCUGAUUCCCUGUAAAGAGGCGGGCUUAAGGUUUGAGACGGGAGACAUCCUGCAGAUUGUCAACCAGGACGACAUCAACUGGUGGCAGGCCCGUCAUGUGGAGGGUGGCAGCGCAGGGCUGGUUCCCAGUCAGAUGCUGGAGGAGAAGAGGAAAGCGUUUGUCAAGAGAGAUGCUGAACUGCCACCAGCAGGAAAUCUUUGUACUGGUGUUGGAGGGAAGAAGAAAAAGAAAAUGAUGUAUGUGACCACCAAAAAUGCAGAGUUCGACAGACAUGAAAUACUGCUCUACGAAGAGGUAGCCAAGGUACCACCUUUCAAGAGGAAAACUCUGAUUUUGAUUGGUGCCCAGGGCGUGGGGCGGCGGAGACUGAAGAACAAGCUUCUACUUCGAGAUCCACUCCUCUUUGGAACCACCAUUCCAUACACCUCCAGAAAGCCCAAAAAGGAAGAUCGCGAGAGUCGGAUGUACGCCUUCACCAGCCGCAGCAAGAUGGAGACCGACAUUAAGAACGGACGAUUUCUUGAACAUGGAGAGUACGACGGCAACCUGUAUGGAAUCAAGAUCGACUCCAUACAUGAGGUGGUGGAGGCAGGACGCGUCUGCAUACUGGACGCUAACCCUCAGUCUCUCAAAGUGCUGAGGACCUCUGAGUUCUUGCCCUACGUGGUGUUCCUUCAGUCUCCGGACUUCGAGGUGCUCAAGGCGAUGAACCACUCGGCUGUAGAGGCAGAGGUGGUGACUAAGACACUGACGGAUGAAGAGCUGCAGAGGACGUGUGACGAGAGCGCUAAAAUCCAGGCGGCCUAUGGUCACUACUUCGACCUCAGCAUCGUCAACGACAACCUGGACGAGACCUACCGCAGUGUCAAGGCUGCCCUAGAAACGGUUUCUAAAAACCCCCAGUGGGUCCCCGUCACAUGGGUUUUCUAAAAAAUAAAAAGAAGCUGUGGAGAACAGAGGAGGAAGGGAACAUUGGCAAUUAAAAUAUGCCUCUGUGAAAAUAAUGGAAGUUCUUAUUUGACCACGGCAGGAUAUUUUCCUGUGUGAAUAAGACAUCCAUUAUUUAAACAGGGUUAUAUUUUUCUGUGCAGGGAAGACAGGAAGAAGAGAAUGAGAAGGGAAAGGAGGUGGAAAAAGUGUGUGUGUGUGUGUGUGUGUGUGUGUGUGUGCACCUGUUUGUGCAUGAAUUUUAGAGCAAAGACUUUUGUAUGUUUUUCAAUUCUAUGUGCCAUUACUGAUGAUCAUCAGCAGACCUUUCUUACAUUUCAUGAUCAAAGAGAUUGACACUGAUGUUAAUCUAUGUGCAAGCAGAACUUGAUCAUUUGAUCAUUCAUUGAUAUUUUUAUAUUUGAUAGCAAACCUUAACCUUGACCGAACAUAUUAAAAACAAUGAUAAACACCCAUCAUGACUAACAGGACACACAGAUAACUCAACACUAUUUCUUUUGCUCGGCAGUUAAAUGAUCUGAAGGUCUUUGAUUUACAAAAGUGUGAAAUUAAAAAGAUAGUUUCUAUUAUUCUCAUUAAUUCAUUUUUCGGAUUAAUUAUUUGACUAACCUUUUCAACCCAAAGCAGCACUAGUUUCAACACAAAAUUAAACAUAAAACCAACACAUGCAGUGCUUCGGUUGUCAAGCAAACGUCACAAAUUUCCUCAAAUUAGUUUUUAUAAAAUGUUAUACUUGACAAAUGACGUGAUAUUUAGAAGACCUCAAGGUCCAUCUGUUCUCAAUCUGUUUUGCAAGCACAGGCCAAGUUGUUCAUUAUUUCAUGUACUUAUAGACACAAUCAUAGGCACUCCAACAACACACGCAGGUAGUGAAAAGACAGAAAGCCCAACAAUAACCACAUCAAUAUACACGGUUGCCCAUAAAGGUGGAAUAAAAUAUAUUUUUUUACCUCUUUCUAAAAAAAUGAUUGUGACAAUGUGAUUUUUUCUCGACAGCUAAUGUGUAUAUCUUCUCAAAACCUUAUUAAACAAUCUCUUCCAAACAUUUCACACUGAAAACCACAAUUAACGGAGGGUUGUGUCUGAAAACAAAAUUAUUCCAACUUCAUGGGCGACCGUUUGUUCCUAUCUAUAAUGAUAAUACAUUUAAUUUAUAAGCGCCUUUCUAACACUCAAGGACACUGUACAAUAGUUUGAACAAGACAAAACAGGGAAUGAAAAGAAGACACAAGAAAUAAAACAAAACAAAACAAAGAAUGCAUUGCGGUGUGGUUACAGAAAAUAAUAAAAACAAACCCAAAAAAAAGUGCAGUGCAAGCUAAUUUGAACUGAUUGAGUUUUGAGUCUGGAUUUAAAUAGUGGGAGAGCGUCGGUCGUUAAUAUUCACUAAACAAGCUUGACCUAUUGUCUCCUAAGUACAUGUAUAAAUGUAUUAAUGAAUUAGUUUUUGUGAUCCGUUUCAUUCUGAAGAGUCAGCUUUUUCAAAACCAACAUGGCUCAGUUCAAAAUUUUGUGUCAAAACACAACUUCUCAUGUCUUCUCUGACAUGAUUUUGAUAUCAGAUGAUUUACUCCCACUACACUUCAUAGAAGAGAGACCGAGAAGAGAGAGUCUAGUAGUAAGGGAAAGAAACAGCCACAUCCAAAAUCAUCUUGGGGGUCCGAUGGAGAAUUGGUGUAAGUAGGAAAGCAACAGAAAUAUCGUUGUGUGGGGGGACAAUGGAUUAUUUGUCGGCAUGUAACACAAUAACUGAUUACAUGAAUUGCCUAACUAAUGUGUUACAUUACUCGAUUCAACAAAAAAGUAAUCCGAGUACUCUCAGAAGAAGCUUUCAAAAGUCCCAAUGCCACACUGUGGAAUUACUCCACUAUGAGUAAAAGUUCUGCAGUCAAAACCUCACUACAAAAGUAUCAGCAUCAAAAUGUACUUAAAGUAACUAAAGUUAAAGUAAUUAGUAUGCACAAUGGCACCACUCAGAUUAUAUUCCAAAUGUAUAUUCCAUUUAUGUAAGCAGCAUUUUACUGUUGUCAAGGUAUGGAUCAUUUUGGUUUAAUUUAUAAAAAUACAUAAUCAUUUUAAACUGAUCCUAUGUUUUCUUGUUAAAUUUUGACCUGAAAAGUAACUAAGUUGGCAGCUAAAUGUAGUGAAGAUUUACCUCUAAAAUGAAGUGGCAUAGAAGUAUAAAGUUACAUAAAUGGAAAUCCUGAAGUUGUAUUUGAGUUAAGUACUUGAGUGAAUGUUACAUUCCACCACUGAACACUCUAACAUGUAGUAAUAUUAAUAAUAAUCUUUAUUUAUAGAGCACUUUUCAAAACACAUGUUACAAAGUGCUUUAGUUAAAAACAGACAUUAAACAACAGAUACAAGUAAUGUUCGAAAAUGGCAUCAUUCUGUGCAAUUAAAAGACAGCUCAAGGGAAGUUAAAAUUCAGGUAUAAUCAGGAAAGGCUCUCCAAUAAAAGUUUGUUUUAACAAGAGACUUAAAAUAGAUCACUGACCUGAUUUCCUUGGGCAGGUUAACACAAAUACUGCUUACCAAUUAGCCUUGGAAGUAUAUUAUCUACAUCGGUUAUCUUGUAGAACCAAAUAUUUUUGCAAAGAUGCACAAAUUACUUUUGAUGCACCUCCUUAUGGUGUGAUCAGGUCUUUAUAGGCACAUAAUGAAUUCAAAACUUGUGGAAUGUAUAAUAUAUUAGAGUGUAACUCAUGCAGUAGCUCCUAAGUAACAGACUUCACAGUGUAUUUGACACCAGUGUCCUUGUCUUUUAAUUGGUGCUGGACCAGUCAGCCAGUCACAUUUGGUAUCAUGUUGUGAAACAUUUGAUUCUGAUAUUGUGUGGCAAGUUCCCAGGCAGACUCUGAUCUAAGACCCCCAGUAGGGCCAGUGGUGGAAAAAGUAUUCUAAUACCACACUCAAAUUACUCCACUACAAGUAAAAGUCCUGCAUUCAAAACUAAUUGCAGUAAAAGUACAAAAGUAUCAGCAUCAAAAUGUACUUAAAGUAUCAAAAGUAAAAGUUUUUGUGAUGCAAAAUGGACCCACUCAGAUUGCUUCAUAUAUUCCAAAUAUAUUAUAAAAAAAAUUUGUAUUGAUGCUUUUAUGUAAGCAGUGUUUUAAUUUUGUAAAGCCAGGGCUCAUUCAAUUACUUAAUAUACUGUUAUACGAUUUAAUUAAAAAAAAAUACUCAAGUAAAGUACAAGUACCUCAAAAUUGUAUUUAAGUACAGUACUUGAGUAAAUGUACUUAGUUACUUUCCACCACUGAGUAGGGCUGAUAUGAGGCAUUACAUAGUGAAACCCCUAACCACACACACACACACACACACACACACACACACACACACACACACACACACACACAAAACCCAUCACUCUAUUCCAUUGCAUUUCAUAAGAAUGGGUUAUUCUGUUCACACACCACACUAUCCUAUUCCUAGUGUAAUAUUUCUUAUUCAAAAUAAAACCCAUUGGUCAUCUUCAUUAAGUCACUUGUACACAGCUUGUAGAUAGUAUGUAGAGACACAAUGAUAUAAUAGAUACUGAAUUAGUAGGUAUGAGGUUCGUGCCUAUAGUAUUUACAGUCAUGUCAUUAGUAAACACUUGUAUACAGUUGCCUACGAGUAAAGAACAUAACAAAUAAUUGCCAGAAACCUGACCUGAAGUGUGAAAAUUUUCAUUUGUGUCGCCCUUGUUUUGCUUUGGCUAUUUUUAACAUGUCAUGCCCUCUUUGGCCACCGUACUGUAUGUGUAACACUGUCCAUGGUGCCAACUGCAGAAAGCUCUUUUAGCAGCUUUUUUGUACUCAGAUCUUUUCAUUGUGGCAGCUACGGAAUACCUUUGAUGCACAAUUAAUUGUUUAGUGAUAACUGAGGAAAAAAGGUGUUUGUCAGAUACAAAUUCAGACCAGUUGUUUGUAGGCCUGUUAGGAGACAUUUUUAGUGGCUCAUUCUUUGUAAAAUGACAUUUAUACUUGUGCUUUGGUUUUUAAAGUGGCUUAUAAAAGCUGAUAUUUGUCUGGCAGCUAUAUUUGGAUCUCUUGAGUGUUUGGUGAUGAGAUACACAACAUUUGUUGCCCUCUCGAGGACUUUCCAAAACCUCACUGUGUUCUUUUUCUAUGAAAUCACAUGAAUGCAAUAAAACCAUUUUAUCACAGUAUAUAAAUCAUCAUUAAAUAUACACAUUUCUGUACAACUGUAACUCUAAAGGUGUUUGGGUUGAACAAUUUUUAUUCAGUUUCUGAAAAAAAUAUAGCUUGCUGACAAUUAUCUGUUUGGGGGGGAAAAGUAUAGGUUUACUGUACAUAUGCAGACUGUAUAUUUACUAAAUACUUUUGAAGGUUUUAUGAAAAAAUGCUACAUUACAGGGCGCCGCAGUAAUGAGUUUGUAAACCCAGAAGUAAGUUAGCAUGAAUGGGUUUUUGGUUAGAUGCCUGAAAUAUUGUCUGUGGUUAACACAAGCUUAAGAGAUUUUCGUGUUUCGUUGUACGACAUAAAAUACGUUAAUAAAUACCCACACUUGUGAAUUUUGGAGUUUAUAUGUUUCCUUAAAAAGGCGGUUGCUAACAAGUGGCUAAAUGAGAUUACAGUGGUUGUCGGGGAUAUCAAACGCCAUCACACUGGACAUGGACGGCAACUCUCUCACUCGUCUGCCCCACAGCCUCUAGUUGUGUUUUUCAGUGCUCUUGCAAACUCUUGUAGUUUGUAAAUGUAGUUAAUAAGAAAUUUAUUAGGCUACGGAUUCACUAGCUUGUCAGAACUGCUGGUUAGCUUGUCGGAGACCAUCUGAAGCUAACAGUGCUGACGUCUGUAGCAAAACGUUAGCUUUUUAUUUCUUUCAGCUGCAUUAAGGCUGAACAAAGCAUCAGAAAUGUGUGUUUGCCACAGAGCUUAUUUUCUGCCAUGAUCCAAAUAGGGCAAUUCUCAACAGACCCCAUGGUGAUGCUACUUCUGGGUUGGCCUACAAAAAUACAUAAUUUCAUUUGCUCUCUAUAGAGAAUUCAAUUUGAGAUUUUAACCUUAAACGCAAACUUCAGUGAUUUAAUAUUGCACUUGAAUAAAGUUGAGGAGCUUAUGAAAAACAUAAGAAGGAAUGGUCAAAACUGAAACACCAAAGGUUGAGAUAUCCUGAUGACACUAUGACAUAAUCUGGGUUAUUUCUAUGGGUUUUAGACGGGUUAAAAUAUAUACACAUAACUGUUUUCACAAGCUGAGUUUUCCCCAUGAUCUUGUAAAGUCAGCGGAGUGCUCCUUUAAAUUCUGCAUUUCUACAGUCACACAUGGCCGGACAGUUAAUAGAGCUUGAACCUUGUAACUUUUUGUUUGUAGGACUGAUGAUUGUUCAUGCCUAUAUUAAAUAAAUUAUUCUGAUUGA